AUGACUAACUCAAUGACACAGCCUGCCAAGAAAGUCGCCAAAGCUCCAUUAGCCAACAAGUCUAGCUCUGUUGCUCCUAAGAACCCAUUGUUUGAUGCCACCCCAAAGAACUUUGGAAUCGGCCAAGCUGUGCAACCAAAGAGAAACUUAUCUAGAUUUGUCAAGUGGCCUGAGUACGUCAGAUUACAAAGACAGAAGAAGAUCUUGUCGUUGAGAUUAAAGGUUCCUCCAGCAAUUGCUCAAUUCCAAAACACCUUGGACAGAAACACUGCUGCCCAAACCUUGAAGCUCUUCAACAAGUACAGACCAGAAACCUCUGCUGAAAAGAAGGAAAGAUUAACCAAGGAAGCUGCCGCUGUUGCAGAAGGUAAGUCCGCCAAGGAUGCUUCUCCAAAGCCAGUUGUUGUCAAGUACGGUUUAAACCACGUUGUUUCCUUAAUUGAAAACAAGAAGGCCAAGUUAGUCUUGAUCGCCAACGACGUUGACCCAAUUGAAUUGGUUGUCUUCUUACCAGCUUUAUGUAGAAAGAUGGGUGUUCCAUACGCCGUUGUAAAGGGUAAGGCCAGAUUAGGAACUUUAGUCCACAAGAAGACCUCUUCUGUUGCUGCUUUAACCGAAGUUAACUCUGCUGACGAAGCUGAAUUAGCCAAGUUGGUUUCCACCAUCAACGCUAACUUCAUUGAAAAGUACGAAGACUCCAGAAGACACUGGGGUGGUGGUAUCAUGGGUUCUAAGUCUAAUGAAAAGAAGGCUAAGAGGGCUAAGACCAUGGACGUCAAGGCUUAA